CCCAGGCAGUGACAUCCCAAACAUUUUGACAGCAAAGAGUUGUAAAAAUCACUUUGUAUUUUUUGCAAAAAAAACACCAAAAUAGUGCAUUUCCUCGUACAAUUUAUGUUCUUUUGGAUGCAUUAACAACCAAUAAUGACAUGGCGCAAUAGCAGGCAUUGAGGAAAACAGUGUGAAACAGGCAAUUGUGGAGUUUAUUUCUCCACCACACUUGGUUGUUACACAUACAUACGCAAGUUAGUGGAGCCAGAACACGGGAUGUCGAAGCUCUCUUUUCGGGCGAGGGCCCUGGAUCCCUCAAAACCCCUACCAAUAUACCUGGCAGAGGAACUACCAGACCUGCCGGAGUAUUCUGCCAUCAAUCGGGCUGUGCCCCAAAUGCCCAGUGGCAUGGAAAAGGAAGAGGAGUCUGAGCAUCACUUACAACGUGCCAUAUGUACUGGCCUUAUUAUCCCCACUCCUGAGGUAUUCCAAACCGAUCCGGAAUUCUAUGAUAGGAACUAUCCAAAAGAUUACAAAAUGCCACGCCAGUUGAUUCACAUGCAGCCGUUUAGCAUGGAACAGGAUAUUCCAGACUAUGACAUGGACAGUGCCGACGAGUUGUGGGUUAACUCUCGUCUGGAUCUGAAUCCCUACAAAUUUGAGCAAAUGAUGGACCGUCUGGAGAAAAGUUCUGGGCAAACGGUUAUUACGCUAAACGAGGCGAAGGCUUUACUUAAGCAAGAUGACGAAAUCAGUAUUGCAGUAUACGAUUAUUGGCUUAAUAAACGACUUAAAACGCAACAUCCUCUGAUUCUCUCUGUAAAAACGGAAAAUCGUGGUGGACAGACAACCAAUAAUCCUUACUUGGCAUUUAGGAGACGUACCGAAAAGAUGCAGACAAGGAAAAAUCGGAAAAAUGACGAGGCUUCGUAUGAGAAGAUGCUCAAAUUGAGACGGGAUCUCAGUCGCGCUGUUACUCUCCUGGAGAUGAUCAAGAGACGCGAAAAGGCAAAACGAGAGCACAUGCACCUCAGUAUUGAGGUAUUUGAGAAAAGAUACCAAGUACGCGAUUUCAGUGGGCAUCUUCUUGCCGAAUAUUCCUCAAAUGCUUCAAAAAAUACAAGGUCUGCUUUCACUCCACUUCUUGGCAAUCAAUACUCACACAUGACUGGAACACAUUCAUCUUCUUCGGCGGCGUCCAUAUGGACCAACUCGAACAACAUGGCCUACUCAACGCAGUAUCCUGGCAAUCAUCAUCAUCACCAUCAUCACUCGCAAAUGUUUGGUGGUGUGAAGAAUGAGCUAGAUAUGAGUAUUAAUAUGAUUGCAAAUAGCAGUGGAUCAUCCAGGAAGGAGAAGAGACAGUACAAGAAGAGGAAGCACAAAUACAUUCCAAGGAGUCAACAAGGAAGCAGCUCAGCAGCUGCAGGAAGUUCAAUUCCAGGUGGUGGUGGUGAUUCACUUGUAUCAUCAGAAGAUGAGGAUUUGUUGUACAGUCUAUCCCAUGGUGGGACACCGGAGUCUGAAGAUGAGGGUCUCUACACCUUCAGGCGAAACCUCAACUGUCAAUAUAAGAAACCAAUUCAGAAUGGUGUCGGAGCAUGGGCGCGUGCCUCACGUGCUCGGAUGUUUUGCCCUGAGUACCGAUGUAAGUUCACAUUGGGUGCCCUGAGAUCCCAUGGGCGCGGUGACUUCAUCCGGAGACGAGUAGGUCGUGGGGGUAGGAUUGUAAUUGAUAGACUAACAAGUGACAUUGAUGAUGUUUGGUCGAAGCUGGAUUAUACAAUUUUCGACAGUUGGCAAGCACAAAAGGAGGCUGAUCAGCCGAUUGUGGUGAAAAUUGAGGAUGUUGAGAAUCGCAGUGAGGAGACGGUAUGCAAUGGGGCACAGGAGGUGACAGUAUUGAAGAAGGAAAGUGAUACAGUGACAAAUCAUGUUAACAGUGAAAGUGAAUGUGAGCGGUUAGAGUGGUGUGAUCAGGAUAUUCAGGACUACAAUGAUAUAGUACCUCAAAAUGUGCGCGAAAUGAUGCGAACGGGUGAAUUUACGCAGGACUCUCUACCGUGCUACAGACCAAUGAGUCUGGAUAUUCGGUCGCACACAAUGACCCCCGUGGCGGAGCUCGAAGAGAGAGACUAUCAAGUGGAGAUUCAAGCCAUUGAGGAUAGGAGUUUACCAUGUGAUCUUCUUCUCUCAGACAGCAUUUUCUACCCGUCAUCCCUGAAUUUUGAUGAUCUUUCAAGCACUAUUGAUCUCACAAUGGACAGAGAUUUGGCUCUGUCGGCACUCACAGAUGAUUUGCCUGAUUCUGUGCCAGAAACAACAGUGGGGUGUUCCCAAUUUACAGUGACAGACGUUUCGGGUCCGCAAAAAGUUCACGAGACACCCAGCAAAGCUGCUGCUACCGGUCUAAGAACUUUUCAAAGUGUUUCCACCGCCGAUAGAAUGGAAACGGAGCAGACAAUCGCUGAUACGUCCAAUGAUAGUGAUGAUGUUCCCCUUGUGGCUUAUCAGAUUGAGUCACAAGCAGCAGCUGCGGCUGCAGCAGCUGCUACCAUUGGGUCGAGUCCGUCAACUUCGGCCAUCGUCUUGGGACUCCCAACGUCCUCCAGGGGUGUGCUGAAUGGCUCCAAUGAAAGCAAAAAUGUGUAUUCCAAUUUUUUCCGGAAAUGCGACGUAUUUUUUUGAUCACUUACAGUUGUGGCGAGAAGCCGAAGUCUAUUCCACGCCACAUCGUCCAGCGGCGGCGGCGGUGGGCAACCCAGUAUGAUGACUCUGACACAGGCUCAACCACAAAUCUUUCUUACGCAUCAGCCCAUUUUUCAGGGCACCAACAAGGGGGCAAUGUGUGUCACCACAUCGCCGCAGCAGAAGGUGAUGGUGGCACAAGCAAAGAGUCGCUACAGUACCCUUGGCUCAGCCGCCAGUGGGGCUGGUAUGAAAGCAAAUUCAAUGGGAAUUGGCAUUAAGAGCAGUCAACAAAGUGAUGGGGGUACAUCGACGACAAUCGGACACCUGACAACUACGGCAGAUGGGAAGAUCACAACGAUAAAAUCCCAACCAGCUCGUGGGCUCAAUAUGGUGAUCGAUAUGGAGAGAAAGAGAAUAAUGUAUGCAAAUUUGAAGAAUAGUAAUGUUGCUGUGACCACAGGACAACAAUUUGUAACGCAAAUAAAUCCAAGGAUGGUGAAUAUUGUACCUAUUCAGCAAAUAAAAACACAAGGUGAACUCCAAGGGGUUCAACCGGGAGCAUCGGGAUCAGCAUCUGUCGUCACAGCCGCCACUGUAUCACCGACAUCGGUUAAUAGCAGUGCCAACACGGGCAGAUGAAAUGGUGCACCAUCACCUUGGUAUCGUCGUGUCUCAUCACAAAAGUGAGAGUGAUGAUUUUACUUAUAAAUAUGUGUUCUAUGUAAUUAUCUCUCAAUAAUUCUAGAGAAAAAGUGAAUUAAAGAAAGAUACAAGAA